AUGCCGGACGAGGAUUCAUUACACCUGCUCCCUGUCCCAAUCGGGAAGAAGCGUAUCCCUAAAGCGUGUAGUGCCUGUCGACAAUCCAAGGUUAGAUGUGAUGGCGAUCGGCCAUGUGGGAGGUGCCAGAAGCUUGAUAAACAGUGUGUCUUCUUUGAGAUCCCUAAAGACCCUGUUUCGGAACGGCUCGAGGGCGUCGAGUCCGAAGUCCAAUAUUUGCGUCGGCAACUGAGUGAAAUGCAAGCUUUGAUCAACCAGAACCAUAUCAGCCCAACCCCACAAUUUCAAGAACAAGAAUUCGAAUCCCCUCCCCCACAGCUACAUGAUCAUGAAGACCAGCCACGACGUGGAAGUGUCUGCACUUCGUCAUGUUCACAGUUUGCUCAUCCUCAUCAACAAGAGGGUACUGGGGCCAUAACAGCCCACCAAGACUCAACGGACUACAUCCACAGCUCAACUAAUUAUCAAAGAUCUAUGCCAACUGUGUCUCCGAAUGAGAGUAGGGCGGUAGCUCCAAUAUAUGAGCUGCCAAAUGGAGAAGCUGCCCGUCCUAAUAAGCGUAAACGCUCUUGCUUUGAGAUUCGGGAAGAAUCAAUCGCCGAUUUCAUUGAUAAAGGUCUUAUCACACCGGAAGGUGCAGUGUCUUGCUUUAAUACUUUCUUCCAAGGUUGUGACAGAUACAUUCCAAUAUUCGACCCAGUCUACGAUAAUUUCGAUUCCGUCAGAGCUCGGAGCAGCAUUUUAUUGAAUGCCAUAUGCACUAUCGGCUGCAUGGUCGAGACAAGAAUCAGUGGUCCAACUUCCGACAUGCUCCAUGCCGAACUGAAAAAAUGGAUCAACGUCAUCAUUCAAAACACGGGGCUAAACUGUCUCGAGUCCGUUCAAGCAAUGCUUGUAGUAGCAUGUUACUCUUCUGAACGACUGCUCAUUUUAUCUUUUGCUACACGAAUGGCACUUGAUUUGGAACUGCAUGAAGCUUUUGAAGAGCUGACUGAAAGAUUGGCAUAUAAGAAUGAUGAGGAAGCAGCAGGUGUUGCGGACCAUGACUUUGAGAGGGAAAGAGAGUUGAUGCGGAGGUCUAGAACUUGGUUUGGGCUACUGGUUCUGGAGCAUAUAUUCCGCGUUGAUGGAGGAAAGCCUCCUGGAAUCCGAUUGGUGGGGAACUCGAGGCGAAGUAGGAUUCUUCUCAGUCAUCCUUCAGCGACAGUCCUGGAUUUAAGACUGUUCUCUCAAGUUGAGCUCAACAUUUUAAGAGCAACUAUAAAUGAUAGCCUGGGGCCAGGCACUACGCUUGAUGGCCCGGGGAUUGUGGAUUUUGUUCACGAAAUGAAAGUUGACUUGGACAUAUGGUUUGAUGACUGGAUACGGAUUAUCGAAACCUCCGCCUCCGCCAAUGAAGAAAGGCCGUAUCUUCUAGCAGCCAUCCGAGUACAAAAAUGUUGGGCCGAGAUGAUGCUCAACUGCAAAGCCCUCCGAGCUAUGGGCGUUGAGAACGUUGCCGCCAUGUCCCCAACCGAACGAAAAAUCCUCCACACAGCCAAGACAAGCGCUCGACGACAUCUUCGAUUGAUGGUACUCGAGCCAGAAUUCUACCUAGCCAAGCUAAAAUAUGCCAUGGACUUUGUCUGGGCAAAAUGUGCAUUCGCGUUCCUCCUACUCCUAAAACUCUCCCGACUCUUGCCUGAACGCGACGAAGAACACGAAGAACUUCUAGACCAUGGGAACCGACUCGUGCACGAAUUGAGCAAGGCAGGUUCGAACACCAACCAAUCCAAGGCCGGCAACGUUUAUCUCCAGAUUCUUCGAGUUAGUAUUGAGAAAUAUGGUCGUGCUUUACAAGAAUCUCAGCAGCCGAGUACUGGUGGCACGACAGCAACGUCGCCGUUCUGGGAGCUGUUUGAUGCGCAGGCAGAUCUGCAGUGGUUUGUACCAGAACAAUUUGUCUCAGAAUGGGACUUCCCUGGAUUGAAUCUGUUCUAUUUCCCUACAGCUUGGCAGGAUUUCUUUGGGGACUUCUCGCUUGCUAUGUGA